AUGGCAACAACAUUAACCACUUGUUCACAAUGUACGACUUACAACGAACAGCUCAAUAGCAAAGCAGACGAAAUUAAGACUUUGCAAGAACAUAUCCUAGAAUUGGCUCAUAAGCUGCAGGAUGAAAGCCGAAGAAAGGAAGAAUUACAGGAACGCCUGAACGACAAGCUGGUCAGAUUGAAUGAUUAUGCCAUCAAAAUUAGGAGCCUUGAGGAACAGUUGCAGUCAGCAACUGAUCGUCGUCCAAUCGGUGAACUUUCUCGCGCUGAAGUUGACAGCAUCAUUGGUCGAGAUCUAGAGUGUAUUCAUUCACAAGUGAUCGAAAAGGAUAUGAAAAUAAUGGAAUUGAGUGAUACGAUACUUGAAAAGGAAAGGGAUAUUAUUGAACUGCAAGAAAUGUGUCAUGAACAGGAAGAACUUAUGCAAGCGAAAGCCAAAGCUUUCCACAUCAUACAGCAAAAACUAUUGGAUUUGAGCACACGAACGACACGUGAAGAUUCGACGGAAACCGAAGCAGCGUUUAUUUUUGAAACCUCAUGUACUCCGUUGUCUUUAUUACAGCAACCACGGAAAGAAAAACGAUAUCAACAUGAUUCCUUUUCACCUGGACAUGCUGUUCUAAAUUUCAAAAUGGGUAGCUCAGGUUCACCUCCACCAGUUGAUCCAAGUGAAGAAUGCAGUUCACUAACGCUGGAUAACAGUAACAUACAGGACGACUUUGAUGCUGACGAUGGAGCCAGUGCAUCCUCCUUAUGCCAAAAGAAACAUAGAAAGAAAGUAACUUUCGAUUUGCCACCUCGCAAAGAAUUCAAAAAUGGUAAUAGUCAAGAAGAGGGUAACAACAUUACACAAGCUAUCAUCGAUGUAACAGCUGAAAAUGAUCAGUUGCGACAAACAAUUCAGGAAAUGGAAAAGUGUGCCAGUGAUUCACAGAACCAUUUGAGCCAGCUCCAAACACAAUUAGAUGAAAUGUGUCGGGAUGGACGGAAUCAAGUGCUGAAAGCUCGUGCCUCGAUGCAGGGAAAAAUUCGUGAUUUGGAAGAUAAAAUUUCUACAAUGAAUACAGAACAUGCUGACAAGGUUGAUCAUUUGAAUGCGAGCAUUGAAACACUUAGAGCUGAUCGUGAAUGGACAUUGGAAGAAAAUGCUCGUCUGCUGAGACUUCUGAGUUCUUAUAAAGAAAAGCUGAGCAACGCAUGGGAAGCAUUGGAAGCAACGCAAGAGGAAAGUAAGGAACUUCGUUCAAGAUUGGAUGAUGAUCGAGCUUUAAUUUUCCAGUUGGCUGAUGAUUUAGAAGUAGCACAACAAACAGCGAAUACUCUAUUAGAACAAAAAAUAUCCGUGCUUGAUGAUGUUGAACGACUAAAAGAAGCUUUAGAAGCUCAGGAUCAGUACAUUGAAUUACUGGAGAAGGAUACAAUGAUAUACGAAGAGCAUAUUGGUUUGCUAAGAGAUUCGUUGGGUGCUUCGAAAGCGGAACGAAAAGCGCUGAUAAGAUCGAAGGCUUAUGAAGCAAAGCUAAUGGCGAUGGAGCAAGAAAAAGAACAAAUGAAUCGAAGAAGCAAUGGCAAGUUAAACUUUUUCAAAAAAUAA